AUGGCUCACCAAAUUCACCUAAAUGAAAACGAAAUCGCCUGCGCACUUCAAUGUGAUUUAAGUGAAGAUGGACUCGACUUAGAUGACGAUAGUUUGAUGGAUCCUGACUUUGAACCAGAUUUUGAAGAGUCGAUUGACGAAUCUUUGGAAGCUGAAUUCGACAUAGAUGCACUAGUAGACACCUUGAAUGAUGACGACCGUAACUCCAACUUUGAGGUAGAAGUAGGGCCGGCCUUAUCUAGUUCAGACAUUCCAGGUACUUCAGAUCCCCCUGUAAAACGUCGAAAGCCUGAAAAGCUAACAUUACGGUGGAAAAAGAAGAAUUUAGAGCUGAAUGCACAGCAGCUGGCUUUUACUGGCAAUGAGUCAUUGAGUUCUGAUAUCUUGGACCUUGAUACUCCAAUACAGUUCUUUCUUUUUUUAUUUCCACCAGAACUCAUAAAGAGAAUUUCGGAAGAGACAAACCUCUACGUGGUACAAAAAAGACCCAAACAGCACGUUUCGUGUAUCGGAGACAGAAAUGCGUCAAUUUAUAGGGGUAGUAUAUAUGAUGUCACUGAUUCAGCUACCCAGAGUGACCAACCACUGGAGUUCCGUCUUGGGUACACCUGUAAUUCAACAGACCAUGCCUUUUAA